GUGACUCAGUAUUUUUCUUUUGUUUUAUUCCACAACUUUCUUUACUUUUCAGUUUGAAAGAGGAUCAGCCAUCAUGUUCUACACCUGUGGUCCCAACGAGGCUAUGGUGGUGUCAGGGUUUUGUCGUUCUCCUCCACUGAUGAUACCUGGAGGCCGAGUGUUCGUCAUCCCGUGCAUCCAGCAGUUACAGAGGAUUUCUCUGAACACGCUGACUCUGAAUGUGAAGAGCGAUAAAGUGUACACCCGCCAUGGGGUGCCUGUCUCCGUCACCGGGAUAGCCCAGAUGAAGAUCCAGGGUCAGAACAAACAGAUGCUGGCUGCAGCUUGCCAAAUGUUCAUGGGGAAGUCAGAAGCAGAGAUCACUCAGAUCGCCUUGGAGACGCUGGAGGGACACCAGCGGGCCAUCAUCGCCCACCUGACUGUGGAGGAGAUCUACAAGGACAGGAAGAAGUUCUCGGAGCAGGUUUUUAAGGUGGCCUCCUCUGACCUGGUCAACAUGGGUAUCAGCGUGGUCAGCUACACGCUCAAAGACGUUCACGACGACCAGGAUUAUCUGCAUUCACUGGGGAAGGCUCGAACAGCCCAGGUUCAGAAGGACGCCCGCAUUGGAGAGGCCGAGAACAAGAGAGAUGCUGUGAUCAGGGAGGCUCAUGCGAUGCAGGAGAAAGUCUCGGCUCAGUACAAGAAUGAGAUCGACAUGGCAAAGGCUCAGAGGGACUAUGAGCUGAAGAAGGCAGCCUACGACCUGGAGGUGAACACUAAGAAGGCGGAGUCGGAGAUGGCCUACCAGCUGCAGGUCGCCAAGACGAAGCAGCGCAUAGAGGAGGAGAAAAUGCAGGUCCAGGUGGUGGAGCGCACGCAGCAGAUCAUGCUGCAGGAGCAGGAGAUCACCCGUAGGGAGAAGGAGCUGGAGGCCAAGGUGAAGAAACCUGCAGACGCUGAGCGGUACCGCCUGGAGAAGCUGGCUGAAGCUCAGCGUCUCAAGAUGAUCAUGGAGGCGGAGGCUGAAGCGGAGUCCAUCAGGAUGAAAGGUGAAGCCGAGGCGUUUGCGGUGGAGGCCAAAGGUCGCGCUCAGGCGGAGCAGAUGACCAAGAAGGCAGAGGCCUUCCAACAGUACAAGGAUGGAGCCAUGGUGGACAUGCUGCUGGAGAAACUGCCUCUGAUGGCAGAAGAGAUCAGCCGGCCUCUGUGUGAAGCCAAUAAGAUCACCAUGGUGUCCAGUGGGGGGGGGGAGUUGGGCGCAGCCAAACUGUCAGGAGAGGUGAUGGACAUCAUGGUCCGCCUCCCCGCCGCCGUGGAGAAACUGACCGGAGUCAACAUCUCCCAGGUAACACAUCAAUAA